AAAUGAAGAAACUAAACGACAAAGAAAAAGACAAAUUGUUGGAACUAUGGGCUCCUAAUUGAUUGGCUUUGGGGACCUCUGUUAUCAUCGAAUGAUCAUCGUCUUUGUCUUAAGACAAGUUCUUGGGAAUUCCGUGGAAGUCAAAGCAUCUCAGAAAUAAUAUAUACCAACUGUUAUGAAUUAGCAUAUAUUAGUUUCUCACAGUGCAAUCUAGAGAAAAACAUCAAUACAAGUUUCAGAGUUUCUUCUUCAAGUUGUUCUUCUUGAUUCUGACCUAUUUCUGCAAGUUAUGGCCCAACAUCACCAUGUCCCCAAAUUCGGGAACUGGGACAAGGACAAUGUGCCAUACACUGCCUAUUUCGAGAAUGCUCGCAAAGAAAAAGGCAGUAGGAUGAUGAAUCCGAAUGAUCCUGAGGAGAAUCCAGAGGCCUUCAGCCUUGGUACACCUUCCUCUGUCCUUAGCUUUGGUUCACAUGAGUCCAAUCAAGCAGGAAAACAGAAAAUGGAAGGAAAGGCCUUGUCUUCUGAAUCUGUCAGCACUGACAAAAGCAGUUCUGAUCAAUCACUGAUGCACCCAAGUCAUCGACGAUCCAGAAUCGACCGGAAGAAGACACUUGUGGAGGGAUCUCACAGCCUCUCCUCAUCGGUGUCAGCAAAUUCUAGGAACACAUCGAGUGCUAGUCACCAAUCCAGUUCUACUCGCCAGAGGACUGCGUCCGUGCCUAAGUUUGGUUCUUGGGAUGAGGCCGACCCGAGAUCCGGAGAUGGGUUUACUCUCAUUUUCGCAAAGGUGAAAGAAGAGAAACAUAAGGCAUCCCAGGUCCCUAUUGUGCCCCCUCGACCAAAUAAUCGUUUUGAUAACCAAAGAAUGGAAGGAAGCUCUUCCUCUAAAUCCAAGUUUUGCUGCUGCUUUUUUCCACGCGGUCGGUGACUUUGCAGAUCCUAGCUUCCCUUAGGAAGCGUAAAUUCAAUUGCAGGGAUUGAUUUUAAUUUUCCCCAAGACUUAUUGAUGAGGUUCUGUAUUAUUGUUAAGGAUUCUAUUGUUGUUGAUGUUUCAUUCUUUUUUGCUUUGUUUGCAAUCGUUUGUUGUUAUUAACGUUACUGUAUUUAUUGAAAAGGAAAGUAUUUAUUACGCAUGUAG